UGAUAACCGACACAGUAUACCUGUUCGUUUUACCUUUCAAGGUAAAAAUACUUUAAUUUAAAAUGGUGUUUUUCGAUUUUUUAGGCCGGCUAGUGCUAGUGAAACUUGUUUGUGUGUGUUAGUGCUGUGCUUAAAGAGUUUGGGAUAGGUACAAAUACGAUACAAAUAUAUUAAUACAUAGUAGUGUAACAAUUCUGAACGUUAGCCUUGUGUUGAUUUCCUGAUUUAUACUAAAGUAAUAAUGUGGACUUUAACGAUUGUUCAUUAUUAAGUACACAUAAAAACAUCAUUCGAAUUAAACAAGUAACUUUAAUAUUUAAAGAAUGGUGCGAUACAUGUUUAAUUUGUCAUAGAUAUACGUAAUUAAAGUUCGCUCCGGCGUUUCAAAACUAAUAACGUAAUUCUUAUCUUAUUAAUUGGCAAUUUAAUGGCUUAGGUAUUUUUUUAUAGGUUGCAUAUGUAUCUGGACAAGUUCACGGUACAUCUUGUGUUUAGUUAUUAUUGGAGCUCAAAAUACUAUGGGUCUGCCGUAGCCUAUCUACAGGUCGAUGCCUCAAUGUAUUUACGUAAAUUCUAAUUUUUGCGGGUUAGGUUUUUUUUAUUUAUUGCUUAGAUGGGUGGACGGACUCGUAGCCCACCUGGUGUUGUGGUUACAGGAGCCCAUCUACAACGUAAAUGCGCCACCCACCUUGAGAUAUAAGUUCUAAGGUCUCAAGUAUAGUUACAACGGCUGCCCCACCCUUCAAACCGAAACGCAUUACUGCUUCACGGCAGAAAUAGGCAGUGGUGAUACCUACCCGCGCGGACUCACAAGAGGUGGUAGGCACCAGUAAUUACGCAAAUUAUAAUUUUGCGGGUUGAUUUUUAUUACACGAUGUUAUUUAUUCCUUCACCGUGGAAGUCAAUCGUGAACAUUUGUAGAGUACGUAUUUCAUUAGAAAAAUUGGUACCCGCCUGAGAUUCGAACACCGGUGCAUCGCUCAACACGAAUGCACCGGACGUCUUAUCCUUUAGGCCACGACGACUUAGAGUUAGAUAUUUAUUGAUGUUAUUCCUACAUACAUUAGUGAACAUUAAUCAAGUACGUGCUACGUUAGAAAUAUUUGGUACCGGCCUGCGGGAUUAGAACAUCGGCCCAGUCGCAUCGCUCGAUAGGAGGAGUACCAGGCGUCUUAUCUAUUAGGCCACGACGAUUUCUAUUGAUACAUCUCUCUGUGAAGGGCUCGUGGCACAACCUUACAUUUUUUAUUCAAUGUUCAUUUAAUUCCAUAAAAAAUACGUCUAUCUGAGUGUAGUUAAUAUAAAUAAGACUUUGACAUUCAUAUUUUCAAAGUGGGAUCGGCGUUCAACUUAUAGUUUCCAUGGGCUCCAGUAGCUUAAUAUCAGGAAGGCAGUUGGUUCCUUCACCAAACUAAGCAACAAAAAUAUGAAUAGUUUGAGCAAAAAUACUCUCUAAGGCUUUCGAAACAUUUAGAAGCGAUUAGCGUUGGUAUUGCGCAUCCUAUCAUCGCAUUGCGACUCGCACAGAACUCAUCCAUAAUACACACAAUAUAUAUGUCAUUCAACUCUCUUUAAGAAGUCAUUUUUACGACACCCGCUCUCCAGUUGUUAUGACGUGUCUCCUAAAAAUAUUUACAAAGAGGCCCUAAUGGCACCCAUUGGCUUCGCUGUGUCUAGGUUGGUCUAACUUUGAUACCAAAAGUACUAAAAUGUACUCAUAGCUAUAAUUCUGUCAUAUUAUUUUCGGGGAGAUUGCUGGUUAUACUUAGCCAUGUUUAAGACAUACGAUCGACUUCUCUGUUGUUCGUGAACGUAGAUAUAAUAAGUAUUGUUGUAAUAAUAUUAGAGUAGGUACGAAAAUGGUGCCUGAUUCUGUCAUAAAGCAAUCGUUCUUCGCUUUUAGCAAUGUUGAUGCGGUCAAUCGAUUGUGUAUAUUAUACAAUAGUUGACUCAUACAUGAAUGGGGAAAUGGGAAUGUGAAUUAGUAGGUAACAUCUAUAUCUUGGUAUACCACCUUCAAAAAACGACUUUUGUGGUACCAGGAGUAGACGUAGCAGUGUUAGAGGGCGCCGGCUUGGGAACUUUCAAUGAAUCUGUUACAUUUGUAACUAUUUCAUUUUGACCGUGCGUUUACUAGAGAACGCUAGGGUAAUGAUUGCACACGGGUGCUACAUGGGCUAGAAACGCCUUAGCGUUCAAAGUUCCAUUCUUCCACGCACCAUUAAUAAGUUGAGAUCUUCUGCUGCUUUUAAAAUACCGGGAACACAGAUAUAAGCAAUGAACAAGUGGACAUUUUAUUGGUGAUAGAACGUCUUGUGAGUACGGGUAGGUACUUGAUCCAUUAACGGUGCUUUUAGUCAUCACAAUCAUCGGUCACCGUCCUCGUCGAACCCUUCGCUUGCGACGAAGGGCUCAACGAGCGAAUUAGCCCAUAAACACAGUCCAGUUUCUGGCCGGAUCUUCUCAGUGGGUCGCGUUUCCGAUCCGGUGGUAGAUUCUGCGAAGCACUGCUCUUGCUAGGGUCAGUGUUAGUAACUCCGAUUUGAGUCCCGUGAGCUCACCUACACACGUUAGAGCGAAGCUGAAAUAGCCUCUCAAGGCUAUCAGCAUAGGCAGGAAAAAAAAAACGGUUAGGUACCACCACCUGCCUAUUUUUGUUGCAAAGCAGUAAUGCGUUCCGGUUUGGAGGGUGGAGCAGCAGUUGUACUAUAGAACUAAGUCCCUGGGCCGUUGUUUCAAGGAGCGGUGUAUUUAAGUUGUUGAUGUCUAUGGGCUCCGACAAAACACUUUACGUCUUGUUCAUCCGAAUACCAAAUAUUUUUCAUAAAGAUUCCGGCUCACUCACCAAUGAAGCAUCCAAAGUUUUCCUUAUAUCGAAAGUUACUGAAUCAUGAGUGGAAUUGACAGAUAUCUCAUUCAUUGUAUACUAAGUUGCCCACAUAAAAAUGAAAUGAAUUAUGUGACUUUAUUAUAGCUGUCAAGUGACAUUUAAAUUACGCGUCAAUGACGAUAGCUGUCAGAACGUUGAAAAGAUUAAUUGAUUUUAGUGUCAUGAGAGUUAAGACAUUUUAAUUUUAGUUUAUUAUUUAUAAUAAAAACGAAAGCCACUGUGACUAUUGGAAAAAUACGUUUUAGGAAAGAAAAACAAAAAAAUGAAGGCAUUAGUUAUUAUAACUAUAAUUAAUAUAUAUUUACGGUUAAAUCUCGAAUUUUUAUUGUCAUUAUACAUAUUAUUUCUGAGGUUUCGAAUAGCUUACAGUUUUCGUUGGCAUAUACAACUGAUUAGAUCAAACCAAUGGUAGGCAGCGGCUUAGCUCUGUCCCUGGCAUUGCUCACGUCCAUGAGCGAUAACCGCUUACCAUCAGGCGGGCCGUAUGCUCGUCUGCCUUCCACGCGCUCGGUGGAAGAUCUUCCCUUUGUCAUUCAGCCUCCCAAAAAGGCAAUAAAAAAACGGUUAAAGUAGUUGUAAUAAUGUCUAUGAUACGCCAAAAGCGAAGAGAAAUUAUUUUUCCAGGAAAAAUAAGUCUCCAACAGAGAUUGGAUUUUUGUUUGUAUCUUUUUCAGAAAGAGAUAUACCUUACCUUCUAGUUACCUUCUAGUUCUACUUCUAGUCAACCUUCACUUCAGAGGUAUAUUUCUCAGCUCAGUUAGAAAAGUUAUUAAAAUUGAACUUUAAAAUGGACGCAUUAGAAGCGAAUUUGCCAAAAGUUGAGUGCAGUGAACAAAUGCCAGUAGAUGUGAAAUGUGAAGUGUUGGAAAAAGUUGAUGAUGACGCUGAGGUGUCCAGUCGUGGGGGGCAGAGGGAGAACCGGUUGACCAGCAUCAUUGAUCAUCUUCGGUGCCAGAGUAAGAUUAAAGGGAGCUCCCAGAGAGACAAUAUGAUCUUCACGUCAAAUAAUGGUGAAGGGGGCGGGGGCGGGGGCGGAGGCGCGGCGCAACGGUGCGCGCGCGAUGCUGCGGCGUCGCCUGCGCAUGCGCCGACGCCGACGCCAGCGCCUCCCGCACACGCUCCUCACGUCAAGAGCGAGAGACUCAGCCCUCACGACUCCAACGCAUCACGGUCCCGGAGCGUGACGCCGUCGACAUCCUCGUAUCCGGGCACACCACCCGAGCGGGGCAGCCCUCACGCCGCGCCGCAACCCUCGCCGGCGCACCCGCCCCGCAACUAUUCGGACAUCAUGCGCUCACUUGCCGCUAGGUACAACGCGCAACCGAAUAACGAUUAUUUUCAUCGCAUGAAUGGCUACGGAGCGGAGGCCCGGGCUGCGACGCCGGCGCAAGCGGACACAAUCGACGCGCCCCUCGGAGGCCUGUUCGCAAAAUUGGCCAAACAACAGGGAGGUCCUCCAAGACUACCAGCAUUUCCAGUCAUGUUCGACAUGAGCUCCACAAAGACUUUAUUAGCGAUCUCGCGGAUCAGUCGAAGCGGGAGGUCGCGUCGCAAACGCACAGGAGCGACCGGAUCGACCGCGGAGCACAGUCCUCUGGACCUCUCCGCAGCUGGUGAGAGUGCCGCGAAAAGGGCUCGACUCUCGGCCAGCCCCAGCGCCAGGAGUGACAGCGACGACCGGGAUAGAGUCUCCACUGAUGGUCGUAGCGAGCCCCGGGGGGAGUGUCUGUGCGCGGAAGCUAGAGCGCGUCUUUCGGCUUGGUCCGUCGAUGACGUCUGCGAUUUCGUCAAUUCUAUCGAUAUCUGCGCCGAAUACGCAUCGAACUUCCGGGAACAGAGGAUCGACGGCGCUGGCCUCCCGCUGCUGACCGAGGACCACUUGACGGGAAUGCUGCAGAUGAAGCUGGGGCCGGCGUUGAAAAUGAAAGCGGUGUUGGCGAGACGAUUGGAGCCGUGCGCCCAAUGCCAGGCCAAUGCUCCAAUAGCCAGCGCCCAAACGUCACCCACCAGUAUUGCAUCGAAAGUCAAUGGAACUUCAGUGAAAUCCGAACCAAGGAGCAACACGACCAGUCCCAGUUAGAAAAAAAAAACAUUGUAUAAUAAUUUAACUGUACUUAGUCUUAGAAAUAAUUUUGUUCCUCUUGCGAUUUGUUUGUUGAUUAAUUAAUGUGUUUAUUUCUUCGGGAAGUUACGUAUAGAACCAAUAGAUGUGGGUAGGUUCGUCUUAAAAUUCGUACUGUGUACUUACUACUUAUGUUUCAUACUAAUGAAAUGCAUAAUGACGUAAUAUAGCCAAUCAGUAAUAAUUUAAAUGUAUCUUCUUAGUUACAAUAAGAUCUCAAUAAAAGCGAUUAUUGAUUUUUUUUUAAUUGAGACGAAAUAUGAAAAUACUUAAGUUACUUGUGGCCAGUGAAACAAUUUUGUUUGAUAAAAGAAUCGUUUUGAAAUUUAAUUCAUAUGUAAUUUUAUGAACAUUUUAGACUUCCAUAUAACAAUUGUAGCGUUUCAAAGGUCCCUUCAAAAAGGUCAAACUCCCUUUUUAAAAUAAAAAUGAUAAAACUACUCGCGCAUCGCUUAUACAUUGAAGCUUUAAUGACAAAAGCUUGUUAUGAAAAGCCACCAAAAACUUUAUAAAGUUUAAAUUCAAACGGACAAAGGAUACGCGAGCAACAUCCUGUGUACAAUCACCGUAUCACCAACAAACAUACAAACACUAAUUUUAAAAUAAACACAUCAUCGGCAUUCGCUUGAUUAAAAUUUGAAGGUGUAAACAAAAAUUGAUCUACUUAAAAACUUUUUACAAUAUUAUAUUGGCAACUCAGAUCUAAAUAGUAUAUAAUAAUAUACUUGACUUAAACACAACGUAUUUUCCAUUGGUCAGGUCAAGCAUGGCCAUAAUGUCGGAAGUGCCAAUUUCAUGAACACAAAAAGAAGACUAUGUAGUCUGGGCCAUAAAGAUCAGGAUCUAAUGGAACUGAAAACACGAACGACAUUGAGGCGACUGGGUUGAUGCGAUUGCUACCUUAUUUACCACUGGCCAAUAAUCUAUAUAUUAAUACGUGACGCAAAAACUUUGUAUCCCGUUUUACGAAAAUUGCGCAGACGGAGGAGUAUGAAAUUUUCUACACUUAUAGAGAAUAUAGAGAAGAAGUGCACAAUACUAAUAUUUUUUUUAAAUAAUACUUAUAAGAUACAUUAAAUCAAUAAAGAAAACAUUACACACACUACAUACCACGUAUUUGACGCACACACGCAUGCAUACUAUUUAUUGUCAAACUUUUGUUCUUGACGUCUCUGGUCAAAUAGAGAAUAGAUUAAAUACUGUUUGUCUUUAUUAAUAUUUUUUUAUAGUGUAGCCUUGGCGAAAUUUGUGAUUAUAGAAGUAUAAAAUACAAUCAUAAUAGUGUACAAACUUACAAUUUCAAUUAAUUAUAGUCGAAUUUCGACUACUGCGGGACCUCUAGUAAUUUUUAGAUAGUUCAUUAAAAUUACAUAUGACAUUAAAUCGUUUCAUAAUCAAAAUCACGGUCUUCCUAUUUCAUAGUUUUCUUUGUGCAUUUAGUUAAAUUGUAGAUUAUUUUGUUCUUGUUUUUUUUUUAAUAAAUCCAUUAGUUAAGUCGAACGUGUAUACAUAUUGUGUUUGUAUGAUAGAUUAAUGCCGUCCAAAACGUAGGCGAUGUAUUAGUAGUUAAGUUUGCAAUUUUUGUAUGUCUGCUUUGUUCUAGAACUUAGAAGGAACUGGAUUAAUACGAGUUAUCGUAGUGUAACUUCUGUGUAUUGAUGUUUUCUGUUCAUAAUCAUAAAGGAUGUCAACAUGUCAUAAAACAAUUGUAAUUUACUUAAUUUAAUGAAUGACAUGUAAUGUGUGUCCCAUAACUCAAGGUGGGUGACGGAAUUUUCGUUCUAGAUGUCUAUGGGCUCGGGUAACCACUUAACACUAGGACGACUGUGAGCUCGUGCACCCAACUGUGCAAUAAAAAUAAAAUUCGUAAAACGUUAAUGUAUCGCGAAAUUAUCAGAAACUAGCGCUCUGGAUUCCCCUGAGAUCUUACACCCGAAGUAGGGCUGCCACCUCCUUAAUUAAGUAAUAAAAUAUAUAAUGUUAUAUUUUGUACCAAGCGUGAAGUAAAUUGCCUCGGAUUUAAAAAAUAAUAGAUAUUGACACAGUAUGAAAUAUAUUAGAUACUUGUUUAUUUAUUGCAUUACAUUGCAUGCAACACAUAAUUGAGUAAACACAAUUGAAGUCCUCUUAAAUAUAUCGAACUGUUUAUGCUAAUACCUACUAAAAAAAAAACGCGAGUUUAAUUACAAAAAAAUAUGUCGUGUAUCAAUCGAAAUGUUUCUCAAAAUAAAUACGUGUCAGCCCUCGAUAUACAAUACAAAACUAAAUUUCAUUAUUGUUCAUCUGUCACGUCCAAUGCCUAAAGGGACGUACAACAAUUGGUAAACAUUUUUUUUAUUUAUUGCUUAGAUGGGUAGACGAGCUCACAGCCCACCUGGUGUUAAGUGGUUACUGGAGCUCAUAGACGUCUACGACGUAAAUGCGUCACCCACCUUGAGAUAUAAGUUCUAAGGUCUCGAGUAUAGUUACAACGGCGGCCCCAACCUUCAAGUACAUUACAUACAUUACAUAUGUAAUGUUUCGGUGCUAAUCGGUCUUGCAAAUGAGCAACUAGUUUUGAUAAUUAUGUAAAUAAAUUACCAGUAUCGUAAUAAAUCAUAACACGAGGCUACUAAUAUAACAGGGUCACAAACUGUUUGUAUAUAACGUAAUACAUAUAUAUAAUACGUUUAGGUACAUUUCAUUUUAUGUAGCAUUUACAAAUGUUGAUCACACCUGAUAAACGCUCAGAUUUAUACAUAAUAACACAGUGUAUGUAGUACAUAGAGAUAUAUGUAGUGUGUAUUUAGUGAAAUCCGUUUAUAUUGUUACGUGAUUAUAUUGUGUAUUUUUGAUGCACUGCUCGUUUAGGUAUAGCGCUGAAGGAUAUAAUGGAACUUUAUUUAGAAUUUUAAAACUAAACUUCUUAAUGUGAUCUAAAUAAAAAAAGUUUUACAACCAAUUUCUUUUACGAAAUUUAUGGCUACUUAACGAAUAAAAACAAUAAAACCAUUUUUUACGGGACGCUUAAAACAAAAAAAAUCCAGUAAUCUAGUCCUUAAUAAAGUUAGACGAAAUGAAAAUUAUAAAGCUACUUAAUAUUCUCGGAUGAAACUAAACACCGUUCUCUUUUUAAUAAUCUAAGCAUUUAUAUGUGCAUGUAAUUUAUUUACCUGUGGUACUCUCCUUAGUUGCCAAAAUAGCGAUAAAACAGCGCCGAUGCUUAUUUAGUGAAUGAUUUUUAAUAAGUUGUGUAAUGGCUUAAUGUAGUGUAAAAUGAAAGCGUUUGUCUUGCAAUCGACACAAUUACUAAUGUAACAUACGCAUUGAAAUUCAUUAAACCUAAAUCAAAAUAAAACUAUGUGAAAUUUUUAAUAAACAAAUAACAUUAUGAAGAAUUUUUAUAGCAACCUAAAAACCUGCUUUCUGUCUUCUUCAUGUCGGAUGAAUUUUGCUUCAGGGCGUGCACAAGUCGAUAUAGGUAUCUUAAAUGAAAAAGGGUUGCCAUUCUUAGAAUAUUUUACAGAUAAAUCCAUUUUGAAAAAUACAGUGAAUUGAACUGAUAUUUUCAUAUGUUAUUGUGGUAAUCGAAAACAACGAACAAGGCACGAUUUUAAUUUUAAAAUUAUCAAAAUUUCAAAUAUCUGGGGGUCCUGACUUGAAAAGAAAUGAAGCAAACUCUAAAAUAAACCAUAAAAAAAAUUAAAAUUUGCUUAAGUAGCAACAUCUUAAGGAAACCUAUGUUUUUUAAGCUAUAUUUACAAUAACUUUAUCAAAGACACAAAUCAGGACCAAUAUCAUUGUCAAUGCCAAUAUCGUAUUUACUUUUUAUCAAAUGCAGAAUGUCCGGUGCUGAACAAACAUUUCCUUAUUAGUUUUACAAUAACCUAACAAAAAUUGUGCGCGUGCAACUUGGUGCACGUGAAAGAAGUCAAACUUCUUUUGCGGUGUGUAGUAUUAUGAAUUUCUUCAUUUUUCAUCCCUAUAAAUUUCUUAGGAAAUGCUGUGUAUCAGAGAAACGACCUAGCUCGAUUUUUCUUUUCCCUCUCUCCACGGUCGAGUGGUUUGCGAGACGCUGUCUAUUAUCUCAAUCUCGCUCUUCCAAAAUUGCAUCCUUUAUCUCUAGCCGUAACGAAUCUGUCGCGCGUUAAAUUUUACUCUGAACGCGCCUAAAGAAGUUUCACUUCAAAAUAAAUGUGUCAACUUGAAAAAUUAGUGCUGAUUGUUGAAUCUAAAAUAGCGGACAGACGCCAAAAUACUACUUAAUAUAAAAUUUGAUAGUGAAGCCAAAACUGUGUAUAACUUCUUAUUUUCGAAAAUUUCUGUCUUAAAAUUAAAAUCCUGGUGUUUUACAGAUUCUAUAUUAUACAUUAUUGUCAAUUUCUUAAGGUGCUAUUUCGAUUGUAAAUAAUAUGUAGUUAAAGCCUUUUAACGUGUCUUCCUUAAACUUUAAAUAUAGAAUACAUUUUAAGAAAAGUAUUAAAUUCGUCACAGUUUGUUUUAAAUUUUAUAUCGAAAUUCAAUAACAGUUAAUACUAUUAUAUUAGUUAUUGAACAAGCAUCGAUUAUUAAGUGACAAUUGGACGUCUUCUUAAUAAACUGUUGGUUGUAACUACAAUUAAACCUAGGAUAGAAAUCAUUUUUCAACAAAAUGGCAGCAAGCUUGUACCAAGCGAAACUAGUUCAUUCGAAAUCUAAAUAUUAAAAUUGUGACUAGAUUAUAACUAACAAACGAUAAUAAAUAAUGAUGUUUAUUUUAAUAUGUGAUUCACUUAAUUUAAUUAUGAUUAAUAAUACGGACGUUAUUUACGAUAAGUAUAUUCAUUUCGUUUAUUCAUAAACUUUUAGUAAACCUAUUUUAGUUGAAAUUAUUAAAUAAAAAUUGUGUUCGAAAAUUAAAGAUUUGAAAGAAAAGAUAAAGAAAGCUCUUAACAAGGAAUUUGUUGCAUUUUGAAUGUGGAUUCGAGACGAAAUAGAAACAGCUAUGGAAUUCAAAAUCUUUUUUUUUCUUUCAAAUAAACAACAUGUGCCCACUAAACAGGUUUAAUGGUUUAUGAAUAAAACCUUCGUAAGACUUUGUAUAUUUUUAUGAAUAAAAUUUUGAUUGUAUUAUAAAUGUUUAUAAUGAUUCAGUCACAUUAUAUAAACGCGUACUUAGUUAUUUAGUUAAGUUUGAUCCGAAGUCGAGUAUUUAUGUGGUGAAAAUAAAGCAGUGUUUUAUUGAGAAUAAGAA